AUGGCGGACCUCCACGUUAUAACCUCUUUUGAGAAUGAAACAGACCAGCCUCCGGGCACGUUCAAAUUGAUCCGAGAGGACGGGGCAGAUGAGCAAGGGCAGCACAUUAUUGUUCUCGAUCCGAUUCCCUCAUCCGACCCAAAUGAGCCUCUAAACUGGAGCACCACACGCAAAGCAGCCAAUUUCACGAUUGUUUUGGCCAUGACUAUAAUCAUCUUCACGGCGAUCAAUAUCCAACCCAUUUUUUGGCAGGAGAUGACUGUUGACAUGGAAGUCACCUACAAUGAAUUGAACAACGCGGUAUCGGUAAAUUUCGCUGGACUCGCAACUGGCUGCAUCAUCUUCAUUCCCUUUGCGAAAAAAGUAUGGCCGACGACCAGUUUAUAUCGUAUCAACGGCACUGAUGUUGGCGACGGCGUUUCGGGCAUCCAAAAUGACCAGCUUGACAGAGCUGGCUUGGCUGGUGCAACCAAUGAGUCGAUAGCUGGGCUAACCGUUGCCGACUUGUUCUUUGUGCAUCACCGGGGAAGCAUGAAUGGUCUAUACCUGACAUGUGUCAUGAUCGGUAGCUUCUUGGUUCCCAUGGCUGCAGGGGAGCAAGCCACACAGUACGGCUGGCGCUCGUCCUAUCAGACUAUGGGAAUUUUCAAUGCCAUCCUUUUGAUUGUCUUCCUCUUCCUGUAUGAGGAAACGAAAUACGUCCCUGCGUUUAUUGGGCAAGUCGGCGCUACCCUUGAAGAAGACGACCCAGCGAUCGAAAUUAGAGAAGAUGCCAAUGGUCUCUUUCUCAUUGAACCGGCUCGUUUCAACCGUGCGCUGGACAUCACCAUACUGCGGAACUCAUGGCGCAAGCGGCUUGCCCUGGUAACGCCAACAUCAGAACCAAUCUGGCCGCAUUUCCACCGCCCAUUCCGCGUUCUCAUCUUUCCGGCCGUGGCAUUUGCCGCGUUUCAGUACGCAGCUGGAGUAGGCUGGCUGACAGCGACCUCCUCCGUCUUGUCGCGCGUGUUCCCGGGGCCACCAUACAACUUCUCACCUGCACAAAUGGGAUACACCAACGCUGGUCCCCUGAUUGGGAACACCCUCGGUGUAGUGUACGGUGGGCUCCUCGGUGAUCGGUCCAUUUUGUACUACGCAAAACGGAACAGGGGCUAUUACGAGCCCGAAAUGCGGUUGUACAUCUUACAUCUUCCGGCCAUCUUCAUGGCAGGUGGCCUUAUUAUGUUCGGUGCAACGAUUUCUAGGGGAAUGCACUGGAUCUGGCCUAACGUUGCAGGCGCCUUCUUCGGGUUUGGCCUCGGCAGUAUUAGUGACACUGCAUUGGUGCUAGUCAUGGACAGUUACAGAGAGAUCACCGGUGACGCUUUCACUGUUGUGGCGUUCAUGCGCAACACAGUCAGUAUCGCAAUUCCAUUCGCGACCACCCCAUGGAUCCAGCACAAUGGUAUCCAAAAUAUGUUUAUAGCGUGCGGAAUUAUGAGUCUAGCUAUUAAUGCCAUGACCAUCCCAAUGGUCAUUUGGGGAAAGUCUGCUCGGCGCGCAUUGACAAAUCGGUAUCUUGAUAUCGUGAAGCGUGGUCAUGUUAUUUGA